GCUGCGUAUUGUAAUUAGGGAACCUAACAUCAUCUUCUUCACGAGUUAGCCACCUCUUGUUGGCUGAUUGCAACUGGAGAUUCGCAGAAGCUGCAAGCGCAAGAUCGUAUCGCUUGUGUGUCCAUGGCGUAUCGAAGACGUAUCGGAUGGUCAACAUAACAGAAAAUACACGAUACGCCGUUUGCCGUAUCCGAUACAUAUCGGAGGCGUAUCGUACUCGUGUCUUAUCGGAGGAGUAUCCGAUACGAGCAUACCCUUCAUGACCGGCGUAUCGGUGCAAAUAUAGGCUAUAUUUCAUUCCAUUCCUUUCCUCCAUCCAAACGCAUUUAUUGUGGUGAUUGCUUCAAAUCAUUCAGCAUGUCGUCCCUAAGGAAUGCUAUUAGCAGGCGGGCUCACAAGGAACGAGCUCAACCGGAAUCGAGGAAAAAAUUUGGGCUUCUUGAAAAGCACAAGGACUAUGUUGAGCGUGCAAAAGCAUAUCACAAGAAGGAGGAGACUUUACGGAGACUGAAGGAGAAAGCGGCCUUUAGAAACCCAGAUGAGUUCUACUUCAAGAUGAUCAAGACUCGAACUGUUGGUGGAGUCCAUAAAUUAGAGAGUCAGGCAAACAAGUACACUCCAGAAGAGCUCUUACUUAUGAAGACCCAAGAUAUUGGAUACAUACUUCAGAAAGUUCAGAGUGAGAAAAAGAAAAUUGAAAAGUUGACUGCGACACUCCACUCUCUUGAUAAUCGGCCUUCAAGUAGACAUGUUUACUUUGCUGAAGACAGGGAGGAGGCUAAAGAAAUUCAAUCACGUUCAAAAAGUGGAACUAUGCCUGCUUCUGAGGACAUUCCUGAUCAUAUAAAAAGGAAAACAACUGCUUCCUACAGAGAGCUAGAAGCAAGGAGGAAUAGAGUCAAUGAGUUGGAGAAAAUCUAUACGGAUAUGGCAAUGCAGAAGGAAUUACAGAAAAAGGGUAGAAAACGCAAACUACGGGAAGAUGAGAUUGUCUGCCCAACAUCCAAACCUGUCUUCAAGUGGCGGGCUGAGCGUAAGCGCUGAAUAGUUGGAGUAGGAUAUUAAACCGAUAUCAUCAGAUAAGCACGGCAACUCUAUCUACUCUACCAGGCUUUGCUUAAGUGGAGUUUCAGCUCAUUCAGCCCUUCAAUACGUUCAAUUUGGUAGACAAAAUUCGGGCUUUCCAUAGGUUUUAUUUUUAUUUUUGUCAAGGAUACGGUAGCGUAACUGGAAGACGUAGGACCAAACAAUAUAUUUGGGUCUACAUCAUAGCACCUUUAGUUGCCAUAUUCUCCCACAAUUCAGUAUUUUAUUGUAUUGAGUACAAGUGAUGGGGGGAGGGAAGUUUACUCAAAUAUUCAUUGGGUGUCAAGGGGGUUUUGAACCUCAGUCCACAUGAGACAAUGAACGACAGCAGCAAUUCUUAUAAUUGGCACAACCUGAGUUUGAUAGUGAA